AUGAUUGAAGGUUGCAGCACUGGAAUUGACGAGAGCCUGACGCAAUGGAGUCAGAACGCAAACGAUUGUCAUGAUGAUUCCGAAAGUUUAUUACAUCAAACAGUAAAUGAUAAAGGUUUUAAACGGCAAAUUACAUUAUUUGGUGCCGUAGCCCUUCUUAUGGGGACAAUUAUCGGAAGUGGAAUUUUUGUAUCGCCAAGUGAAGUUGCAAAGCAUUCUGGUAGUUCAGGUUUAAUUCUUAUUGUUUGGACAUGCAGUGGAGUUCUUGCAAUAUUUUCUGCUUUAUGUUAUAUAGAACUUGGUACAAUGUUUCCGGCAUCAUCCGGUUCAGACUAUAGUUUUGUAUAUGAAGGUUUCGGAGAUUUACCUGCAUUUAUAUAUGGAUUUAUAAGUGUAGUUAUAUUAUCUCCAAUGACAUUUGUUAUGAUAGUUUUAACUUGCGCAAGUUACAUUGUUUCUGCAGCUAAAGUAGGCGAAAUAUACAUUAAAAUAAUUGCAGCCAUAAUUAUUGGAGUAAUACUUUUCAUAAACUGCAUUAGUGUUAAUUUUGGAACAAUUGUACAGAAAAUGUUUACUAUAAUAAAUAUUUUGGCAUUAUUGAUGAUCGCAGCAACUGGUAUAGUGAAACUUUGCCAAGGUAAUUUUCAAAAUUUUAAGCAACUUUUCAAAGGUUCAAAGACAAACAUCUCAGAUAUUUGUUAUGCUUUUUACGGAGGCUUUUGGGCCUACGGUGGGUAUAAUAAUUUACCCGCAAUAUCAGCAGAACUCAAAAACCCUAUUAGAGAUCUUCAACUUGCAAUGUGGAUUGGAAUGAUGUCGGUCAUAUUUUUCUAUGUUACUGUUAAUUUGGCAUACUUAACUGUAAUGACGCCAUCGGAAAUUGCCUGUUCGAGUGCGGUAGGAGUGACAUUUGGAAAUCAAGUUUAUGGCUCUGCAGCUUUGAUCAUACCUGUUUUGGUGGCAUGUUCAUCGUUUGGUGCUUCAAAUGGAGGCUUGAUAUCAAGCAGUAGAAUGUUGAAUGCAAUUGCUCAAAAAGGUCAUGUGCCAAGGCUUUUUUCGCUUAUACAUAAGAAACGUCACACACCGGUCACAUCCCUUGUGUUUAUCGUAAGUCUUUAA